AUGGCUACCCUCUGUUUUGGCGACAAAUUACUGUGUAUUUUCAGUUCUUUUCUGGUGUUAUUCUUCUCCUUCUUUAAGUCGUUGGUUGGUCAAGAUGUCGUGGUGGAAUUGAAGAAUGACCUUAGUAUUUGUGGAACAUUACAUUCUGUUGAUCAGUACCUGAAUAUGAAAUUAACCGAUAUUUCUGUGUCUGAGCCUGAGAAGUUCCCUCAAAUGCACGCCGUGAAAAACUGCUUUAUUCGUGGUUCUGUCGUAAGGUAUGUCCAACUGCCAGCUGAUAGGGUCGACACCCAGCUGCUCCAAGACGCUUCUAGAAAAGAAGCAGCAGCUCAAAGCCGGAAGUGA